UUUUUAAAGGUCGUCAGUGAGAAGUGGAGAAAUGGCUAAAUUAACCAAAUUACUUGACAAUGAAGCCUUCCAGGCUUAUGCUACUUAUGCAACUAUUGUUCUUCUAAAAAUGAUGCUAAUGAGUCUUCUAACAGUAUACUUCAGAAUAACAAGAAAGGCAUUUGCCAACCCAGAAGAUGUAGCAACGUUUGGCAGAGGCGAGACCGCGAAAAAAUACCUGCGGACUGACGCAGACGUGGAGCGCGUGCGCAGAGGCCACCUGAAUGACCUUGAGAAUAUUGUCCCGUUUCUUGGCAUUGGACUGCUGUAUGCUCUUAGUGGCCCUGAGCUGUCCACCGCCCUGCUGCACUUCAGGAUCUUCGCUGGGGCCAGGGUCCUUCACACGUUUGCAUACUUGAUCCCCCUUCCCCAGCCCAGCAGGGGUUUGUCGUGGGCAGCUGGCUAUGCAGUGACCAUCUCGAUGGCCUACAAAGUGCUGAAGACGGCGUUGUACCUGUAG